AUGGCCUCCACAUAUCUCUUUCAGUCUCUACCUUUCUCUCUCCAAACCCCUAAACGGGCCUCUCCAAAUCCCGCAGCCCACUUUACAAUCCGAGCCCAAUCCCCCCUCACUCAGAACAACGCCGCCGCCAAGCACCGCCGCCCAGCCGACGAGAACAUCCGCGACGAGGCCCGCCGCGUGAAUGCGCCCCAUGACCACCACCUCUUCUCGGCCAAGUACGUUCCCUUCAACGCCGACCCCUCCUCGUCGGAGUCCUACUCCCUCGAUGAGAUCGUGUACCGCUCCCAGUCUGGCGGCCUCCUCGACGUCCAGCACGACAUGGCCGCCCUCAAGCGCUUCGACGGCGAGUACUGGCGCUCCCUCUUUGACUCUCGUGUCGGCAAGACCACCUGGCCCUACGGCUCCGGCGUCUGGAGCAAGAAGGAGUGGGUCCUCCCCGAGAUCCACGACGACGACAUUGUCUCCGCCUUCGAGGGUAACUCUAACCUUUUCUGGGCCGAGCGUUUCGGCAAACAGUUUCUCGGCAUGAACGAGCUGUGGGUCAAACACUGCGGAAUCAGCCACACCGGCAGUUUCAAGGAUCUCGGCAUGACCGUUCUCGUCAGCCAAGUCAAUCGCUUGAGAAAAAUGAACCGCCCCGUCGUUGGUGUCGGCUGCGCUUCCACCGGUGACACCUCUGCAGCUCUAUCCGCCUAUUGCGCUUCCGCGGGGAUUCCUUCCAUUGUCUUUUUGCCUGCUAAUAGAAUCUCUCUUGCUCAGCUGGUUCAGCCCAUUGCCAAUGGCGCCUUUGUGUUGAGUAUCGACACUGAUUUUGAUGGAUGCAUGCAGUUGAUUCGAGAAGUCACUGCUGAGCUGCCUAUCUAUUUGGCCAACUCUCUCAACAGUUUGAGGCUUGAGGGGCAGAAGACUGCUGCUAUUGAGAUUCUGCAGCAGUUUGAUUGGCAGGUUCCUGAUUGGGUCAUUGUGCCUGGUGGGAAUCUUGGCAACAUUUAUGCCUUUUACAAAGGGUUUAAGAUGUGCCAAGAGCUUGGACUUGUGGACAAGAUCCCAAGGCUUGUUUGUGCUCAGGCUGCCAAUGCUGAUCCUUUGUAUCAGUACUUUAAGUCUGGGUGGAAGGAGUUUAAGCCUGUGAGGCCCAGCACUACCUUUGCCUCUGCCAUCCAAAUUGGUGAUCCUGUUUCCAUUGACAGGGCUGUUCAUGCCAUAAAGAGUUGCAAUGGGAUUGUGGAGGAGGCGACUGAGGAGGAGCUGAUGGAUGCUAUGGCCCAGGCUGAUUCCACUGGGAUGUUUAUUUGCCCCCACACUGGGGUUGCUUUGACUGCAUUGUUUAAGCUCAGGAACAGUGGGGUUAUUAAGGCCACUGAUAGAACUGUGGUGGUUAGCACUGCUCAUGGCUUGAAAUUCACUCAGUCCAAGAUUGAUUACCAUUCUAAGGAUAUCAAGGACAUGGCUUGCCGCUAUGCUAACCCACCCAUGCAAGUGAAGGCCGAUUUUGGGUCUGUUAUGGAUGUUUUGAAGACGUAUUUGCAGAGUAAGGCUCAUUAG